AUGAAUGAUGGAACAGAACAUUCACAAGAUGAACAUUUAUUAGAAGAAAUUGAUACUACAACAUUAUGUGCUCGUACAGGUGUUGAAAUAUGGUAUUUUCAUCCAGAUCAAAUUCUUGUUGAACAUGAAAAUUUAUCAUUAACUAAACUUAAACAUGAUCGAGGAUAUACAUAUGAAGAUGAAAUUAAAAUUGAAUCAUCAAUGGAAAAUUAUGAAGAAAAUUUAAAAAUAUUCUUUACUGAACACUUACAUUCUGAUGAUGAAAUUCGUCUUAUACUUGAAGGUUCAGGUUUUUUCGAUGUACGAGAUUGUGAUGAUAAAUGGAUAAGAAUUCACGUUUUUCCUGGAGAUUUAAUUAUUUUACCUGCUGGUAUAUAUCAUCGAUUUAUACCUGACAAACAAAAUUAUAUUCGUGCUCGACGUUUUUUUGUUGGUGAACCUGUUUGGACACCAAUUAAUCGACCUGAUGGUGAUAAACAUCCAUCUCGAAAGAUUUAUAUUGAACAUCGCUAUCGUAAUGGUAAAGUUAAUACUGAAAAAAAUCUUACCAAUGCUGCCUCAUAG